AGCACCGGGUUCGGGUUAACUGCGAAGCGGCCACGGAAUAUCCCUCCUCCCGGAUCGCAUGUAUCUGGCGACCAUCGUGAAAGUGUGCAAAAUGCUUUUUCAAUUGUUUUGGUUUCUCGCGACGUGCUGUGCCUUUGUUGCGAACGCCCUUUGGUUGUGCUGCAACAUUGCCUCGAUCAGCAUCCCUUGGUUGAUGCUUGUCUUCGUUUUGAUUUGCAUUGCUUCUAAAUUCGUGAAACUUAAAGCCCCUGCGGACGAUGUGAUCCGGUCCAUGCUGUCCAAGAGCGAGAAGGUGCGCGAGGGUACCGAGUCGCUCUACUGGCCCAUCGUAAACCGGGGCGGUGGGUUCGAUGCGCCGGAAAACUCACUGGCGGCCAUUAACCACUGCUUGGUGCAGCGGUGCCAAAACAUUUUGCUAGACCUUAGUAUUACCAGUGACGGUCACGCCAUUAUCUUUCACAAAUCGACACUCGAAAAAGCGAACAUAAACGACCCGGUGGCCCAGCUGCCGUACAGUUUCUUCGAUAAAUUCACCAUUACCGAGCAUCAUCCGCUUGGGCAACUGUUCCAAACGGAGAAGGUUCUAACGUUCGAGAAGUUGCUGAAACUUCUUGAGUCGUCAGAGGUGACCGUGUUUUUGUUGGCGUCGCAAAUCAACAAUUCAUUGAUGGACAUCAUUCGCCGGACGGCUACGAAAAGCACAACCUUCACCAAACGAAUCAUUUUCUGCUGUUCGUCUCCACUGGCAAUAUAUCAGAUACGCCAGCAGUGCCCGGAUUUGGUGUGUGGUCUGUGGAUGGAAAAGUCCUGUCUCUUGCGCCUGCCACACUAUCUGAACACCUCGACAAUCUUGCUCUCCAUCCUCGGUGCCAUCUAUCGCAACAUAGUAGCCCCGGUAAUCGGCAUCAGCCUCGUGUUUAUUCACAAGGAUGAGUUUAAUGCACAAAUCUCGACCCUGUGGAAGAACGUCGGCGUGCGGCCGAUUGUGUACACGAUCAAUUCGCCAAACGAAAAGCGCUACUUCCAGCAGGUUACGAAAACGCUCUAUCUCACGGAUUCACUGCGCUCUGAACCGCAGUUAAUUUUUAAAACGAAAGCAAUAUAGCUUGAUAAGAAAUGGCGUUCGCAUGCACUGCCUAUUGCUUAUAUUAGUUUAACGUGUAUUCGAUGUGCUUGUUAAGUUCCUUUCAUACCUUUGCUUUUUUGCAGCAAUCGCAACGAUUGUGUAGAUUUUUUUUAUUUAUUUAUUUAAAAGCGGAGGAUAGAAGUUU